GCCCCCACCUUCUUCCUCCCCGGCUCAUUCCCACCCCACCCCUCGACCCCCACCAACCACUGCCCUGUCCACCAUCGUUGGGCGCCUCCACCGACCACCCACCCACCGGCGCCGACCCCGACGACCCAAUCGUACCCGAGACCCGGCGCCCCCAUCCAUCUACAUCCUCAUCGCGUCGCGCCCCCGCGCCCCCAAAGCGCUGCCCGACGAUGGAUCCGAGCGGGCAACCGCCCCAGCGCGCCUCCCGGCGGCGGAUCCGGGCCAACAACUACUCCCCUCCUCCCCCACGACUGGUUGCCUCCACUACCAUCCCUUGCAGCUUAGGGUCUGGCGAGUCCCAGCCGCCACGCUCCCUCUUUCCUCUCCUCCGCGUCAAGAUCGACAGUGAGGUCACCGGCGCCUGCUCUCUGCUGAUCUCCCCUUCCUCAUCUUCCUGCGAGGUUCCCAACCGCCCUGCCCCGGAUGCGUGCGUUGUUGUUUAUGAUGUAGGUGUUCAGCAUGUAGAAGCCGGACGACGUGAUGCUGUUGUUGCCGAUCUGCUGCAGCGCCUCUUGUUUGACCCUGAGAUCACUGGCGAUGAACACAAUCAGAUGAGGACGUGCGUGCGUGUGGCGUGUGCGCUGCUGCUCGCCAUCGCUGUCGUGCGUGUGAAUCGUGCCAACUAUGUGCCAUGUCAUCGAAGGGCUUCGUCCUCGGCAUCGGCGGUGAUCGCGAGUGCAAGGUCGAAGUUUGUUAGCUUAGGGAGGAAGCAUGUGUUGAGCAUGAUGUUACUGCUCUUGGAAUACCUCUGCACGUAGUUGAGUCCGGCUGCCACGUCCAGCGCGACCUGGACGUGCUUGCUCCAUCCGAGCACCUCAUCGCUGUGGAGCCACUUGCUAAGCGCGCUGUUUUUGGUGAACUCGAACAUCACGUACGUCAAUACAUGUAGCCGCCGUGCAUGCAGUGAUGGAGAGGCCCCGGACAGGCGGAUGAGGCUCAAGUGGUUGAGGCGACCAAGGAUGCUCACCUCGACGGUAGCGCACACAUCAUUGACUCCUGUUCGCGAUCGUCGGUUGUAGCGCAUGGCAUGGCGAUGGUGGAGGAGAUAAAGUGUUGAGAAAAAGGACGGCGAUGCGAAGGGAAGAUGAUAGGGGAUUACUCGACAAGUAUGCGGAGGUGUUGUAAAGUUCCCUCCUUUAUGUAUAGUUAUUUCAUUAUCCAUCUAAAUAUCAAUUACAUGUAUAUGUAUGAAACUCAUUUUGCGCUGCUAAAUUUUCUGUAAAGAUUUAAAAUUAUGUGGUAUUAAACUUAUAGUGAUUGAAACAAAUGCAAAACUUGCAUGUUGAUUCAUCAUUUUUAUACUUUUGGUUUCAGCGGAUAGAUAUGAGAGGUUUAGCACUACUUCUUACUUAUAGAUCCAAAUGUGUUAUGGUCACCAGGGGCGAAAUUAGGUAUAGGGCAACUAGGGCUAUAGCCCUAGGCGUGGCCGAACUAACAUCUAUAGCCCAGUAGUAUACUUUUCAGAAUUUUUCACUUAUAGGAAGCCCAGCCCCUGGCGUGUAGGCCCCAAGCUCUGGCCCAUAAGUUUCUCCAUGACUCCACCACUCGCGUACUAGAUUUCUACCUCAUUAUGGUUGCAAACCCAACCCCAUUGCUACAGAAAAUAAAGCAAUGUUUUCAGAAUCGUUCGUCAUCUCGCGAGAUUAUUUUGUUCUGAUAGCUAAUUGCCUUUAUGUGAUUUAUGUGAAUUUCUUUGUAUGGAUUAGUUGAUAUGGUCAGUGGACAAACCGUUUGAGUUGCAAAAUCGUUUGAAAUUUGAAAUCUGCGGGUUGUAUAGAUACAACCGGAUAUGAUGUGUAUCAUGCAUAGCUGUCUUAGUUUUUUCUGUUAGCAUUAAUUAAUA